AUGCUGACCGGAUACCCCAACCAGAUAAUAGGUCUGAAUAUAAACGCAGCACUGACGGGGAUUGAACGCGGGAUUAUGCACACUCUUCUCUUAGUCGAUUACUUUACCACGUCGUACGAAGCAUUAUCCACGCCGUCUGUAGUUGCAGUCAAAGUCAUGCGCUCAAACUUCGACUAUCGGAUCUCACGCUGGGGCAAAACUUCCAGUUGUAUUCCGAUAGAAGUCCAGUUUCUAGAACGAGGUGGUCGCGGAAUUAUGUCAAAUCUUCAGCAUCCAGAAGACGAAAUCCCAGCUUACCAUCCGCAAGAAGCUGGGCAAACGUAA